AUGUCGGCCAAAGAAUCAUCAACACCAGUCAACUGGGAGCUCAUCUCCAAGAAAAAGCUGGCUGAGCGAGAUUCGCGUAUACCAGCAGAAUGGAGGCUAGGCACUUUGCCUGGACCCGAGGUUACCAACUACACUGAGAUACCGCGCCAAUCUGGACUUCUGACUGAACAAGAGCUCCAAAUCACAGAGCAAUAUGAUGCUGUCGCACUGGCUGCCGCGAUCAGGGAAAAGCAAUUGAAAUGUCUUGACGUCGCUCGGGCAUUUUGCAAAAGAGCAGCCAUUGCACAACAGCUCACAAACUGCCUUACAGAAAUCUUCUUCGACGAUGCGCUGAAGAGAGCCUCGGAGCUCGAUGCUCACUUGGCUUCGGGAAAACCGCCUCUUGGGCCUCUCCACGGCGUGCCAGUCUCUCUUAAAGAUUCCUUCAAGGUCCGCGGCUUCGACGCAUCUAUCGGUAUUGCCGCGCUAUGUUUCAAGCCAGCGACUGAAAAUGCCGUCUUGGUCGAUUGCCUGCUCAAUGCUGGGGCAGUUGUAUACUGCAAGACCAACGUCCCGCAAACCCUCAUGGCUCUGGAUUCCCACAACAACGUCUUUGGCCGCACCAUCAACCCGCUCAACACCGCCGUAACAGCCGGCGGAAGUUCUGGCGGAGAGGGCGCCCUACUCGCCAUGCGCGGUUCUAUCCUAGGUGUAGGUACAGACGUCGGAGGCAGCAUCCGUAUCCCAGCCAUGUGCGACGGAACCUUUGGCAUCAAGCCCAGCUGGGAACGUAUUCCCUAUGCCGGUCAAGAACAUGGCGGUCUCCCCGGUGCCUCAAAAAUUGGCAUCCCCGCCAGCGCCGGGCCUCUUGCCCACAGCAUCCGCGACAUCAACCUCUUCUUCCACGCCAUCUCCGCCCAGAAACCCUGGGAGGCAGACCCAGACGUCACACCACUCCCCUGGCCCUCCCUCUCCCUCCCCAAACGUCCCCUCCGCAUCGGCAUUGUUCGCCGCGACGGUAUCAUCGAUCCCCAUCCGCCGAUCCUCCGUCUUCUAGACGAAGUCAAAUCUGCCCUGCUCACCUCCGGCGUCGAAGUCGUCGAAAUGGACAUCACCCCACUCUUCUCCCAAUGCCAAUCCCUCUGCAACGCCCUCUUCGGCAUUGAAGGCGGAAACGCAAUGUUCGACCUUAUCGAAUCAACCGGCGAACCCUUAUCCCCCUGGCUCUCCUCGCGUCUUAAACGCAAGGCACCUAUGUCGUUGACAAAAGUACAGGAACUACAUGGUAAGCGUGAGAAGCUGCGAACAGAGUUUUUGAAGAUUUGGAAGCAGCAGUCUGGCGAGAUUGAUGCGUUUAUUUGCCCUGUGGCGCCGCAUCCUGUACCCCCAAUUGAUGGAUACAACGGGGUUAGCUACACGAGUUCGUUUGUGCUGCUGGAUUAUCCGGCUGGUGUGGUUCCUGUGAGACGGUUUGGGAAGGGGGAUAUGCACGGAGAAAUGGAGGGGAGGGAGUUGGGGAGUUGGGAUAGGGCGAAUAGGGCUUUGUGGACGAACUUUGAUCGAUCGAUUUAUCUCGGCACGCCGCUUUGUGUCCAGGUUGUUGCGCCAAGACUUCAGGAUGAGAGGCUGCUGCAUGCUAUGGCUGCUGUUGAUGAGGCGGUCAAGGCGCAGGGUAAUGCAAGUGCGAAGUUGUAG